AAUGAAAAACACAGCAACAAAACAACAGCACAAAUAUGAAACCAAACCAAAGCACAUAAAAAAAGCACACACUUUCUCUCUCUAGAAUUAGGGUUUCUUUUGUAGCUUUAGUUACCUUUUUACUUCAAUUCAAUGCAUCUUCCUUUCGAUUCUCACGACUCAGAGCAAGAUCCAUAGUCUCAGAGAAUCGCCAUCACAGAGAUCUCUCAUUAACUGCAAUACUCUCUCUCUAUAAAUAUAUAUUUAUAUAUCUAUACAUGUAUGUAUAUAUACGUGUACGUGUAUAGAUAGAUAUAGAUAGGUCUGUCUCUUUAUACAGUGGUCAGUUGCGAGAGUUCUCUUCGUAUGUGAAACCCUAGAAAAAUGUUUCAGAGAUUGGGAACGAUUCGCGAGAAGAAGUGACAGAGAAAAUAUUCAGGACGACGAUGAAGAUCGGCGUCUCGUUUCUUCGCUUAAUCUGGUUACAAACUGUAAGAAUCAAAAACUCCGAUCUUGCGUUAAAUCUCCAUUUCGAAUGUUCAUUACAAGUCUCGGAGGUGUUGUACUGUGUGUUGUAGAGUAGUUCUUUUGAACUCUAUUGGAAAGCUCACGAGUCUCUUCUUCUUCUUCUUCUUCUUCUGAGGGAUCGAAACAUACAGAGAAAUCAUCAAUCAGGUCCUUCGAAUCUGUCUUUUUUUUUUUUUUUCUGUAGGAAUAUCGAGGAGUGAGUGACGCAGAGCAGAAGAAGUAAAUGCGAAAUGCUUUUGGUGCUUUUGCUGGUGAUUUUAGUUUGUUUGAAGCUCUGAUUAUUGAAAAGAUUAUAUAUAUAUAUUUCUCGUGUUUGGUGCUGUGAGGGGAGGAAGGGAUAACAACGUUUCAGUUCAGUAAUUCUGUUCCAUGUUGUCGGUUUGUAUCAAAUUAUUGCAUUUCCUGAAUAAUUUAAUAGGUUAAAGAAUCGAAGGCACUGAAGAUUUUUGGACACAUUCUCUUCAAAUCCAUUUGUUUAAAGUUCAUUUGUCUGCUUUUGAUUAAGGAUAGAGAUUGGGUUAUGCUAGUCUAAAGUAUCGGGAGUUUUUCAUUGGAAAGAGAAGCGACACUUGGAUUGAUUUCACAUACUAUUUCUGGGUUGUGAGUUUGAAGUGAUGAUGGCUAUGUCCUGCAAGGAUGGUAAGGGAGUGAUGGACAAUGGAAAGUAUGUCCGCUACACACCUGAGCAGGUUGAAGCCCUCGAGAGGCUUUAUCAUGAAUGCCCUAAGCCCAGUUCAAUUCGUCGGCAGCAGCUUAUUAGGGAAUGUCCAAUUCUCUCAAACAUCGAGCCAAAGCAAAUCAAAGUUUGGUUUCAGAACAGAAGAUGCAGAGAGAAACAAAGGAAAGAGGCUUCACGGCUUCAGGCUGUGAAUAGGAAGCUCACUGCUAUGAACAAGCUUUUAAUGGAAGAGAAUGAUAGGUUGCAGAAACAGGUGUCUCAACUGGUGUAUGAAAAUGGAUACUUUCGGCAGCAUACAACCAAUACGACGCUUGCGACCAAAGACACAAGUUGUGAGUCGGUGGUGACGAGCGGUCAACACCACCUGACACCUCAGCAUCCGCCAAGGGAUGCUAGUCCUGCAGGGCUUUUGUCCAUUGCAGAAGAGACUUUAACAGAGUUUCUUUCAAAGGCCACUGGAACUGCUGUCGAGUGGGUCCAGAUGCCUGGAAUGAAGCCUGGUCCGGAUUCCAUUGGAAUCGUUGCUAUUUCUCAUGGUUGCACUGGUGUGGCAGCACGAGCCUGCGGUCUUGUGGGUCUAGAACCUACCAGGGUUGCAGAGAUCCUCAAGGAUCGGCCUUCAUGGUUUCGGGAUUGCCGAGCUGUGGAUGUCUUGAACGUGCUACCCACUGCCAAUGGUGGAACCAUUGAACUGUUGUACAUGCAGCUGUACGCGCCAACAACCUUGGCGCCGGCUCGUGACUUCUGGUUGUUACGCUAUACUUCUGUUAUGGAGGAUGGCAGUCUAGUGGUCUGUGAAAGAUCACUUAGCAAUACUCAAAAUGGUCCAGCCAUGCCACAAGUUCAGAAUUUUGUGAGAGCUGAAAUGAUGCCCAGUGGAUACUUGAUUAGACCUUGUGAAGGGGGUGGCUCAAUUAUCCACAUUGUUGACCAUGUGAAUUUGGAGGCAUGGAGUGUGCCUGAAGUGUUGCGUCCAUUGUAUGAAUCAUCAACAGUGCUUGCUCAAAGGACAACAAUGGCGGCUCUACGCCAACUGAGACAGAUAGCUCAGGAGGUUUCUCAGUCUAAUGUCACGAAUGGAGGCAGACGGCCUGCAGCUUUGCGAGCACUUAGCCAGAGAUUGAGCAGGGGUUUCAAUGAGGCUCUUAAUGGGUUUACUGAUGAGGGGUGGUCAAUGAUUGGAAAUGAUGGCAUGGAUGAUGUUACUAUCCUUGUGAACUCUUCUCCUGACAAGCUAAUGGGAUUAAAUCUUACCUUUGCAAAUGGAUUCCCAGCUGUCAGUAAUGCUGUCAUGUGUGCAAAAGCAUCGAUGCUUUUACAGAAUGUGCCUCCUGCAAUACUUCUGAGGUUCUUGCGGGAGCACAGGUCAGAAUGGGCAGACAACAACAUUGAUGCUUAUGCCGCUGCUGCUGUUAAAGUUGGUCCCUGUAGCUUUCCAGGGUCUCGAGUUGGAAAUUUUGGGGGUCAAGUUAUACUUCCCCUGGCUCACACUAUUGAACAUGAAGAGUUGCUGGAGGUUAUAAAGUUGGAAGGUGUUGUUCAUUGUCCUGAAGACGCAAUAAUGCCCAGAGACAUGUUCCUACUGCAACUAUGCAGUGGAAUGGAUGAAAAUGCUGUUGGUACCUGUGCAGAACUCAUAUUUGCUCCAAUUGAUGCUUCUUUUGCUGAUGACGCACCUCUUCUGCCUUCUGGUUUUCGCAUUAUUCCUCUUGAUCCUGGAAAGGAUGCCUCCAGUCCAAAUCGCACCCUUGAUCUUGCUUCUGCUCUUGAGAUUGGGCCAGCAGGAAAUAAAGCAUCUUAUGAUUAUACUGCUAAUAGUGGCAGUACAAGAUCUGUGAUGACAAUAGCAUUUGAAUUUGCGUUUGAGAGCCACAUGCAAGAAAAUGUAGCAUCUAUGGCCAGGCAAUAUGUCCGCAGCAUUAUAUCAUCAGUUCAGAGGGUGGCAUUAGCACUCUCUCCAUCUCAUUUAAGUUCCCAAUGUGGCCUUCGGCCACCAUUAGGGACUCCCGAAGCGCACACACUCGCUCGGUGGAUCUGCCACAGUUACAGGUGCUACUUGGGUGUCGAUCUGCUCAAAUCUGGAGGCGAAGGAAGUGAAUCUAUCCUUAAAACUUUAUGGAGUCACUCAGAUGCUAUCAUGUGCUGCUCUCUAAAGGCAUUGCCAGUUUUCACUUUUGCAAACCAGGCUGGUCUUGACAUGCUUGAGACAACCUUGGUUGCACUUCAAGACAUAACUUUGGAAAAGAUAUUUGAUGAUCAUGGAAAGAAAAAUCUCUGCUCUGAGUUCCCACAAAUAAUGCAACAGGGUUUUGCUUGUCUUCAAAGCGGCAUCUGUUUGUCGAGCAUGGGCAGGCCUGUUUCUUACGAGAGAGCAGUUGCUUGGAAAGUGUUGAAUGAAGAAGAAAAUGCCCAUUGCGUCUGUUUCAUGUUCAUGAAUUGGUCGUUUGUCUAACUUUAGAAGAGUAAACAACUCUUAGAACUUCCUUUUUAUUUUGAACUUAUCUGCUACUGAACUUAAAAAAACUGAUCAGGAUUGAUUAUCUGUUUGUCGUGCUUCCUCUAUAAUUUAAUACUUCGUUUGGUUGUAAUGCUAUAUCGGCUUUGUUAAUAACAUGCUUGCAUAAAAUAA